AUGCAGUGCCUUGAAGCUGAGGGAAGUAUUGUGAGUGUGGGUGACCCAAAAAAGAAGUACACGUGUUUUGAGAAGAUUGGACAAGGAGCCUCAGGUACAGUUUAUACAGCAAUGGAUGUAGCUACAGGACAGGAGGUUGCAAUCAAGCAGAUGAAUUUGCAGCAGCAGCCCAAAAAAGAACUGAUUAUUAAUGAAAUCCUUGUGAUGAGGGAAAACAAAAACCCCAACAUUGUCAACUACUUGGACAGCUACCUUGUGGGAGAAGAGCUCUGGGUGGUUAUGGAAUACCUGGCAGGAGGUUCCCUGACAGAUGUGGUGACAGAGACCUGCAUGGACGAAGGACAAAUCGCUGCUGUGUGCCGAGAGUGUCUCCAGGCUCUGGAAUUCCUCCAUUCAAACCAAGUUAUUCACAGAGACAUCAAGAGUGACAACAUCCUGCUGGGAAUGGAUGGCUCUGUCAAACUAACUGACUUUGGCUUCUGUGCCCAGAUCACUCCUGAGCAGAGCAAGCGCAGCACCAUGGUGGGGACCCCGUACUGGAUGGCACCUGAAGUGGUGACAAGGAAAGCGUACGGGCCCAAGGUUGACAUCUGGUCACUGGGGAUAAUGGCCAUCGAGAUGAUUGAAGGAGAACCCCCCUACCUCAACGAGAACCCCCUGAGAGCUCUGUAUCUCAUUGCUACCAACGGGACUCCAGAACUCCAGAAUCCAGAAAAACUUUCCCCCAUAUUCCGGGACUUUUUAAAUCGCUGCCUGGAAAUGGAUGUGGAAAAGAGAGGUUCUGCAAAAGAGCUGCUGCAACACCAGUUUCUGAAAAUUGCAAAGCCCCUGUCUAGUCUCACUCCUCUGAUUAUUGCAGCUAAAGAGGCAGCCAAGAACAACCAUUAAGGCAGUGGAGUCAACAAAAUCAUCGUGUCAAGUUUUUUAGAUGUGAAUUUCCUGCCCCUCUCCCCUCGUGCUCCUUCUUCCCAGGGGUAUCCUUAAAAACUUUGAUCUGCCCUGAAGGGUGGGAGAGGUUUUGGUCACUGAAUGUGGAAGGGCACAUGGACAUUGCUGAUCUUGCAGAGUCUCCCCGUCCUCGUGAUGGAGGUGAGAGGGGAAGAGUCUUUUGUAUGCCUGAGAUGAUCUUCCUGAGAACGUCUGAACCUGACCUCCAUGUAGUGAAGCCAGUUUGUUUUCAUCUCUCCUACUGUGCUUGUUUUUAAAAAUAAUGUGGAGCCUUUAGAUCACGUUUAUCUUAAUAAAUUAAAUCUUUCACUGGCUGGACGCCUGGCAAGCUGCUGUGACAUCACUGGGGCUGCUCUGUGCUUUGGAUGACUUGAGGAGGGAAGGAUGGAGUCAGCAGAAUGGGAACAGCUGUGACAACUAAAAGGGGAGCCCAGGACAUGGGUGCCCACCCCUCCUGCAGCUCUGCUGGAUGCUUCAAGGGAGCAGGGAGAAAGCCUCUUGGGUCCUUCCUGCAGCCACUGGAGAAGGCAAUUCAUGGAUGAUCUGUUUUUCCAAAACUGGGGGAGCUGGGGGCCUCCCACCUCCUUUAGCUUUGACUUAGCUACUUAAACAAAUCUCAAACAUUUCUGAUGCUCUAGAAGGGGAAUCACAGGAAAAAAUAGACAGAGAGCUCUUUCAGGUUGUUUUAUCAGCGCUUUGAGGCUUCUUGGAGACCUUUGCCCUGUGUGAUAAAACAAACAGAGCAAAUAUUCUUGCAAAGAUAAGAUUUGCCUGCAAAAUGAUGUUGAAAACUCUUGUUCCUUAGAGCAAAUCCAAUGGAAAACAAACUGACCAUGGAUGCUGCUUUCUUGGAGACGCGGGGACAUUAAUUUUUUGAAAUGAUAGAGUUUUCUUUAUGCUACUGAUUCCUUUGUUGCUAAUAGUCUGUAAACCAACAGGAAACCUGAGACUACUAGAGGGAUUGGUUGUAAACACUGGGCUUGUGUUCACCUGUAUGCUGAUUUUUAAUAAAAUGACUGAUGAGUUUCUUAACUCGGGUCUGAGGGAGGAUUGGAGAGUUCACUGUCACCAGGCAAGUUUGUUGGGUGGGAUUUUUGUUCACACCAUUACUGGGUGCUUGGAUGUGUUGGGUGAAGUGAUAUAACCCUAUAACCCUAUCUCUGACCUCUUCCUUAGUCCUUUGGAAUAGCAGGUGGCUCUCCAGGGAAUAACUUUACACAGAGAAAACUGAUGGAAGGUCUGUAUUAUAUCUGAAGGAGCUUUGGUCAUUUAUGGGGUGAGUUUAAACCCAUUCUGGAGUUACCUUUCAUCUCUCUCCAAAGCACUGGUGUUGCACAAAAGCUUCUUGCUGAGACCUGCUGCUGUGUUUGAAAUCAGAUGGAUUUUUCCUGUUUGCUCCAUAACACAGGACAGCUCUUACACAAGUUUGACUGAGUUUGUGAGGUCUUUUGCUUCUGUGGUGCCUUCUCUUAUCCAUUGUGCUCUAGGCUAGUCCCUGUUUCACACAAGGCUGAAAUCUCUCUCCCUUUUGUACAUAUAUUUCAUUUUCAUGUAAUAUUAAGAAUUUUCACCUGCAAAGCUUUUAUCCAAGGAGGAAUUUCUUGGGUGGAACAGGAAAGCUGCCAGCCUGGAGAGGGAUAUUAUGUGUUGAUGGGCUCCUGUGCUUGGGUGGAGAUUGGGAAGGCCCCUAGCCUUGAAUAAUAUCCUUUGAUAAGGACCUUGUUUAUAUUUUGUCUGGAGGGUUCACCAUGGAAUACGUA